AGGUGCACGAGCUAGUGAUGCCAUCGAACAAAUGAAUGAUAUAUGCCUUGAAUAUUGACCAGGUUUUAGAAAAAAAAAAUACUGCAAAAAUUUAGUAAUCUCGAGCUGCCAUACUCAUUGAAAAUGGAGGAGCCCGUUGGCUUGAAUCUAACUCACUGUGCUUCGGAUCCAAAUGAACGAAAUUUAAGCCCCAGCCAGAAACCCGAGAUAUUAUGCCAAGUCUGUGGCGACAGGAGCUCGGGCCGUCACUACGGGGUAUACAGUUGCGACGGAUGUCGAGGUUUUUUUAAAAGAAGUGUUCGGCGAAACUUAGGGUAUGUGUGUAAAGAGUCAGGCAACUGUGUAGUCGACGUCGCCAGAAGGAACCAGUGCCAAGCAUGUAGAUUCAAAAAGUGCUUGGAUGUGAGCAUGAAUCGAGAUGCUGUACAGCAUGAGAGGGCACCACGAUGUUAUCAGUAUCGGCGCGAGAGUCCGCAAUCUGAAGAGUCAUCGAGUCCGACCAAAGACGAUCAAUACCGGACACUUCAUCGGGACGACAGACGAUCUAGCUUUACCCCCGUCACUCCAGAUUAUGUGGCACGUCUACCACCACCAUCGGCGACUGAUGUGCGCAGCAACGGGUUCUUUAACAGUCUUCUUCAAGCUGAGCCGCGUCUUGAGAUCAAAGGCGGACCGCUAGGUAGUCAUGUCAACGAGAAUGAAGGUGAGAGAAGUGUCAGUGGUGACGUUUUGUUGGUCAACCCAACAGAGAACGUUUACGAGGCGGCAGCGCGGGUACUAUUUAUGACAGUAAAGUGGGCCCGCAGUAUCCCGUCAUUCCUAUCACUGCCUUUUCGUGACCAAGCAAUCCUAUUGGAAGAAACUUGGAGUGAAUUAUUCAUGUUAAGUGCAACACAAUGGUGUAUUCCUUUAGAUCUCGGUGUGGCAAUCACAUCUCCUGGUUUUCUAGCAAAAUCAGAACUAAGUGAAAAUGUGGAUGCGUUGGGCGAUAUCCGACUAAUGCAAGAUGUUAUGUCUCGCCUGAAACACAUGAGAGUUGAUGCAGCGGAGUUUGCGUGCCUAAAAGCAAUUGUUCUCUUCAAAUGUGAAAUCAGAGGCUUACGGCAGCCUGGACAAGUAGAAGCGAUCCAGGACCAGUCGCAACUAAUUCUUUCCGAGUACAUAAACUGCAGAUCACUUGGGCACCACAUCCGCUUUGGCAAACUUCUCCUCAUCCUUCCAUCGCUCAGGGCAAUCAAAUCGAAAACUGUUGAAGAACUAUUUUUCCGAAGAACAAUCGGCAGCGUACCUAUCGAGAGGUUGCUCUGUGACAUGUUUAAAUCAAGUUGAAAACGCAAUUAUGUUUGGUACUAAUAUCCUAGCAGCUGCAAUAAAUGUAAACCCAUAAUUGGUGAAUGAAAUUCACUUUUUCCAGAUGUAUAGAAUAGCAUUGUGAAAGGAUAGAUAUAUUAUACGUGUGAUUAAAGUACACACUUUAAAUACACCCUUACUGGUACAGUUCAACAUGGCCUAGAAUGAUAAUGGCUACAGGAUCCACAUACAUAAUAAUGCAUACAGAUAUAGGCCUAAUCACUCAUGCCAGAGAAAACAAGAUUCUCCGAGAAUGAUUUACAGUCUUCAAAAGCAGUGGCGGACCCAGGGAUUUUUUUUUCUUUUUGCUUGGGGAGGGGGAGUGGAUGUGAGUGAGUGGUGGAACCUAUGGACAGGUUUUGCAUGUUCCCUUUCCUAUUGUGGGGGUCAAGACGCUAUACGCAACUCCGGGAUUUUUGCUUUAUUUAAAAUGACUUCGCACUUGUUUAGAGCAUGGAGGAAUUUUGCUGCUGCCAGGAGAGGGAGAUGGGGAAGCGCAAUUUUCGCCACCGUCUGGAUCAGCCACUGUAUACUCGCGUACACACCUACACACCCUACAGUGCUUAUAAUACCAAUGGAUAUAAUUAUACUAGGCCUAUGUAUGAUAAAUAUGUAUGAUAAAUAUGUAUGAUAAAUAUUUAUAUAUACAGUUAUUGAACAUACAUUUAAGAAACCAUUUACAAUGGGGACUUAAGUAAAAUAUGAGGUAUUGGGUAUAUUUCCGUAUAUUUUUGUUGAAGUGAAUUAAAAUAGGCCUAUUAUAGUAUGUUACUGUGCCUUUGCUAUUUAUUAAAAAUGUAUUAAUAACUGGUAAAUAAAAAAUCUUGAAAUUUGAAACCUUGAAACUAUUUAAACAUUCCUAUUUUUUACAGUAUUUCCGAAUCUGAUUACAAUUUUGUAACUCAAAUGUAUGAAAUAUAAACUUCCAUCGACCAAGAAGACAGGUAAAUGCCCGUUUUUACAUGUAUAUUAUUAAACUGAUAUCACGCAGUCAAUCAAUAUCAAUUAGUUUGAUGUCCAUAUGUAUGACGUAUAGCUUGCUAUAACACAAAUUACAGUUGUUAAAGACAUCCCAAGAUUUUCUGGGCCUAAAGCAGUGGCGGCGUUAACGGGGGUGGGGGAGUGUUAGUAGAAUUCGUCGGGGGAUAAAAAAAAAAUAAUUUUUUUGAAAACAUUUUUAUCAAAUGUUGGCCUGAACUGGAUAGGCCUAUAUAAUUUAACCAUUUGGAUGCCGAUGAGAUAUAAAAAGUACAAAGUACAACUCUUGCCCUGCCUGUCGGGGGUGUUGCCUUGCCGUCGGGGAGGUCCUAGCGCCGCCACUGGCCUAAAGGCGUAUGAUUUUACAUAGUUAUGUGGAUUAAAACAUUGGGUUUUAUCUUACAGAUUUCAGAUUAUUCUCUUAUUGUGGAAUAGAUAAAGAAUAUAUGUAAUCCUAUUAUAAAGGUCUAAUAAAAAUUCGGCACAUUUCAUAUUAUUUCUCAAAUUACAAUCGAACAAGUGACCAGCUUCUAUUUUAGAUGCUGCAUGACAUCAAUAAGUGGAAAUUAAAAUAUGUAUAUUAUUAUUUGAACGAAAGUGUUAAACAUAAAACGUUAAUAAGGAUCUGAGAUAAAGUAAUAUAAACAAUUCUAUAGCAAUAAUAAUCGAUUUAUUUACAAUUUUGACAAACUCAAGAAUUACAAUGUAUUCAAUGUUGAGUUUUUGUUUUUUUUUGCAAAAUCAUGAUUAAAUCAAAAGAUGUUACAAAAUCUGACUAAUGACUUUCUGUUUUUCUAACCCUUAUUAUUUGAACAAAUUUCAGACGUAUUGGCCUUACAGUUUAAAGUGCAAAUAUACCAAAGAUCAAGGUAUAUAGACAAUUACAAAUGCUAUGAAACCUGAUUUGUGCUUUUUUAACCCUCUAUAAAACUAUUACAAAAAAAUAAACAGAUGUAUUAGACUUGUAGUUUCAAGUGCGCAUGAAUGUCAAAGGUCAAGACAUAUGCACACCACUAUACCAAAGUUGUGGUAUGCAAACAGAAAAUAAUAACAACAACAGGUUUUUAUAGUGUUUUAGAAAAAUCUCAUCAAUGAGCUUUAUAAUAAAAAAAAAAGACACAAUGAAUCAUUACAGGAAUUAUUUAACACGUAUUACCAUCUAUAUUUUGAAAGAGUUAAUUAAUUAACAGUUACUGAACACUGGUUGCAUCAUUUGACUCAUAAUAUAGUGUACAGUAAUUAUACCAGCAACUGUUAUGCAAAUGAAAUAGAAGUUGUAUAAUUAUUUUAAUAUGCAUUGACCUUUACCA